UUUUGUGGCGAAUUGUGCCACCAAAAUGUUACAUUUCUCAAAUUUCUGACUUCAAAUUAAAUACUUUGAUCUUACCGCAAUUUAUUAUUUUUUUAAAAAUUCUACGACAUGCGUUGUGAUUAAUCUUUUUUGGGUUUUUGCGGUGAGAUUUAUUUGGUGUUGGAUUUACAGAUUCUUGUGCUUCAUGUUGCUCAUUAGGGUUUCCCUGUGUGAUCGGGUCUCUUUUUGAUCUGAUUAAGAGUUUUCUCGUAGUUUGUUUUAGUUUCUUUCUUCUUUUAUGGGGUAAGAUUGAUUUCUUGUGUUUUUUUAUUUAUUUACAAUGUGUGGACAUAGUAAGGGUUUUGGUGGUGUAGGUUAAUUUAAUUCUGGUUAUGGGAAUGUGCGUGUGUGCUGAUGAGUUUGUUGCUCGAUUUACACAUUUGAAAAGAUAGAGAGAAAAAAGAGAGAGAGAGAGAGAGAGAGAGAGAGAGAGAGAGGGACAACUUUGUGUGUGUUGUUGUACUGGUAGUGCAAUUAUUUUUUUUUCUAGUUGUUUCCUGUUGUGUUGGUACUUUUGUGGAAAAAUUCAGUUCCUGAGUGAUGGACUUGUUAAGCUCAAGUUCUUGUAAUGUAAAGCAAAUUGGGUGAUGUCCAAAUUUUCUAACUUGUUAUGUAUAUGUUGUUCUGCAAUGGGGAUUGGUCCAUAAUUGUUUUUUUUAAUUACUUAUUGACUUAAUGGAAUUUUUUGGUUCUGAAUUGCAAUUGAUUUUGAGUUUGCUUAUUACUUGAUUGGUUUUUAUGGUGGGUAGAAAUGUGUUUGCAAUAGGAUUAGUCCUAAGUUGUCAUAGUGUACUUCUAUGUAUGUGCAUUUUCAUGUGUAUACUGUGACAGUUGUUUACUGAAAGGGGUUAAAUUAUGUAAUGGAAAACGAGUUUGAAUUGCAAUUGACUAUUAACUUUAAUUUUAGCUUGAUUGGUUUAUCUGGAGAUAGAUAGCUGUCACCAGUCUGAGUUAAGAUGAAGUACAACGGCAGUACCAUAUUGACAUAAGUGCCUGCUGCCUAGGUUAUGGGAAUAUGGUGUGAUGCGUCUCAAUGAAAUCCUCCCCCUUUGUGUUUUUUUCUGCAUUUUGAUUGCUUCAUUCUGAGCAGUGAAUCUGAGCAUUAAGUAAAUUGGUCAAGAAAGGGUUCAUUCCUCUUCAGUGGCAGAACAAAACAUUGCUUGCAGGUGGAUUUUUUCAGAUGGCAACCAAUGAAAAUCUUCCACCAAAUGUAAUAAAGCAACUAGCUAAGGAAUUAAAAAGUCUAGAUGAAUCACCUCCUGAGGGCAUUAAAGUUGUGGUAAAUGAUGAUGAUUUUUCAACCAUAUAUGCCGACAUUGAAGGCCCAGCUGGAACUCCUUACGAUAAUGGAGUUUUCCGCAUGAAGUUGUUACUAUCUCAUGAUUUUCCCCACUCUCCACCCAAAGGGUUUUUCCUUACAAAGAUUUUCCAUCCAAAUAUUGCAACCAAUGGAGAAAUUUGUGUCAACACACUUAAAAAGGAUUGGAAUCCUAGCCUUGGGUUACGACAUGUUCUCAUUGUUGUUAGGUGUCUGUUAAUUGAGCCAUUUCCAGAAUCAGCUCUAAAUGAACAGGCUGGCAAACUGCUGCUUGAAAAUUAUGAGGAGUAUGCUAGACAUGCCAGACUUUACACUGGAAUCCAUGCAAAACCAAAGCCCAAAUUUAAAACUGGAGCUAUAUCUGAAUCUACAACUGCUUUGAAUGUUGAUCAGAGUAACACCUCGGUUCUUAAUGCUGAAGUCAAAACUGCACCAUCGGGUGCAGCGUUGCCAUUGCAAAGUCCGUUGGCCCCCUCAACUAACGCAACUAGAGGAAACAAUCAGGAAAAGGCAGCAAUCGCGGCCGAGCCAGCUGUUAACAGUUCUUGUCACACAUCCAUGGUUUAUGCUGCACAAAAGAAGGAAGGGUUAGUAGCAAAAGCUCAGGCAGACAAGAAGAAGAUAGAUGCCCGGAAAAGAAGUUUGAAAAGAUUGUAAUGAAGUUGUUCAAUUCAAUAAUUGAACUUAUCAUUUGUGGGGUAGUUUUGUUUAUUGAUAAUUUGAUAUAGAGGAAAAGGGGGAUGUGGGUGGGGGUUCAAAUGAGUACAUUUGUUGGGAGUAAAUGAAUGGAAUUGAACUGUUGGUAUGUGCUCUAGGGUUGAUUCCUCUUUCUCUUUCUUUUUUACUUUUUGCUUUUUGUUUUUGAUAUAUUACAUUUAAUUUAAUAAGGGGAUCAAGGCAACAUUCAGCUUUGUCAUGCCGUAAACAUUAGCACUCCGAAUCAAGAUUCAAUGCAUAACACGGGUCUGAUGUUCUUGUUUUUUCUGA